AUGUAUCGCUCAUGCAUUAAAUCUUAUUGCAAGUGAUAUAGUAAAAGUUAGGUCUGUUGAUUACGUUUUAAAGCAAGCAAAUCAAAUCGUUCAGUUCUUUAAAAAGUCACAUAGAGCAAAUCGACUUCUUCGUGAUAGUAUUGAAAGUAUGAAAUUAGGCAGCGGUGGCUUAGAAAUAUAUGCUAAAACAAGAUAG